UCUGUGGACAUGCGGAGGCCGCGGAGCCCUCGCGCGAAGGGACACAGGCAGGACAGACGCUCUCGGACAUCGGGCGAGAGCGGGCGGCCGGCGCACCUGCCUCGCACCGACCACGCGCGCGAUCUUACCGAUACAUCGUAAACACAAAACAUUUUCGAAACGCUAAGAAAAUUUUCUCGCUAAAUCCCGCCACCGUCGCAAAGAAAACACAAGUUACAAUAAAUUUUAAGACAGUUCCAGUUAUUAUAAAAAACGGACAGUGUAUUAUUUAAUUUUAUGAAAAGGACUGAAAAGUGAACAAGUUUUACUGAUAAAUCGUAUUGGAAUUAAACUCAGUGAUCAAUUCGUUUGCCGAAUCUGAAGAUCGCCAAUUGGUGCGGUUAGAUUAGAUACGGCUCUGAGACGCACGUUCGAGUGUUGAUAAGGCCCUAUGACGAGAAAAUUUUGGUCAUCAAGAAUUUAUGUGAAUAAUGACUUGAUUAUAAACAUCAUGAAAAGGAAAAAGUAACUUGAAAAUGUAUUGAAUUUUAAGUUAAUAACCAUGAAAAAAAUACGAAGAUGACUAAAAAUGUUGGAACAUUUGCCGUCGGAAAUUGUGAUGACUCUUAACCUGUUAUCAGAAACGUUUUAAGCAUCCGAUAAAGCCGCUGGACCGUCGGCGGUCCGUGUGAAGUGAGCUAAAAACUGUCGCCUGAUAGUAAAAUAUUAAGAUAAACAUUUCAUAGGAUAAAGAAGUUGUUCAAGUUCUAAAAAUAGGUGACCAAAUCAAGAUGAGAAUCAAGAUGCCAGCUGUACGCAUCGCGCAAGCGGAUGCGGACAGCGCGGCAGAAGGCGGAGGGUCUCCAACGCCUGGAGUACCAGCCGACACCCUCACGUGCGGCGCUUGCAGGCGAGCGUUCGCCCUCGCCGACAUCGUACGAUUCAUCCAACACAAAGUGUCCUCGUGCGACAAGGACCUCACCUCCUACCACUGCUAUAGCGCCGGGCCCAACUCAGACCCAGAAGAUGGCUCAAGACCAGGUCAAAUGUCAACAAGUAACUCAAGUAGUAGGAGGCCUUCUCUGCUCACUGCCAGGAGGCCGCCUAAUAGCAGAGUGCACACCCCUCCUUUGGCGAGUCCAUCAAUAGCCCACCCUGACCUUAUAGAAGAUGGCGGUGCAUCGAGUACACCGAAGCGGCUAUUAGACGAAGCGGAUACUGAAACGUCUACACCGAAGCGAAGAGCAUCGACAUCACCAAUGCCAUCGAGUUCUCCUGAUGAAGAUAUCAAGCCUAAAAUCAAACAAGAACACAUGGACACUUCUGGGUCACCCGAAGACCAGAAAAAGUCCAGAACAGAAGUGGUCGAUGCAGAAUCCAAUACAAUGCACAGUGAGCCGAGCAACUACGUGUGUUCGACGUGCAAAGCCCGCGUUCACUCUGCAUGGAGGUUACUGCAGCACGUCCAACACGUGCAUGGAGUCAAGAUCUACGUGGAAACGCUUCCGCAGCAGCAGCCUAGCAAGCAAAACCAUUCCACUUCGAGCACUUCGUCAACGAGCUCUGGGUGUUCUUCCACUGGGGCGCCCCUUCCACCGCCCUCGUUACGCCAUCACCCGUUACUACCACCGCCUGACAUGCAUUCCCCGUUUGGAGUAGGCGGCUUGCUAAGAAUGCCACUACCAGGGAGUUUACCACCUCUAGCUCAUCCCUCGGUCCCGCCUGCACCUCUGUUUACGCGACCGAACCAUCAUGACCAUCGGUUUAGGAUGGAACAGCUUGUAUCAGAGCAGUUCCGACACCACGGUCUGAAUCUUGCAGCGGCUGCGGCAGCGGUCGCGGCGAAUUCUCUACCACCUCACCAGACAUUUCCUUCGCCAGCUGACCGACCUCCCGUAGUGCCCACUUCGGUAUCAGGUCGAGAUAGAGCACCUCCAGUAUCACAACCCCUCUCACUUGAACCCCAGCUGGAUUUUUACUCGCAGCGCUUGCGGCAACUGGCCGGUACGACCAGUCCAGGGGCGGCCACAGGCAAUUCGAGCUCUCCUAGCCCCAGGAAGCAUUCGCCGCCGUUCGCUUCCCCGUCGCCCUCCAGAGUUGGCCAAACUCCACCGGCGGGCGCCGGACCCGGAACGGUGGACACCCCCCGCGAGGCAAUCAGGCCUCACAGUUCAACGUCCCCAGAACGUCGAACUGAGCCGAUGGCUGCUGACGCACCACCUCCUGAGCGGCCGUCGUCAACACCGCCGGCCAAACGGAACAAUGAUGAGGCAGUCCACUCUUGCGAGUUCUGCGGUAAGAAGUUUAGAUUCGAGAAUAACUUGAUCGUUCACCGACGGUCUCACACGGGGGAUAAACCUUUUAAAUGUACAGAAUGCGAUGAAGCUUUUGAAAAAGCGUCGAAAUUAAAAAGACAUAUGAAAGUGCACAGGGGACCUGAUGUGAAAUCGGAGGAGGGUGAAUCUGGCGGUGAUACCGCUGAAGAUGACUCCGAUGAUGAGUUGGAGGACGAGGAGCUCGAUGGCGAAGAAGAAGAAGAAAAUGAGGAUGGUGAUGAUGUAGAAGAAGCCGAGGAUUUGACAGUUUCCAACAGUAGUGCUCCUUCAGCGCCAACGCGGAAACAAACGCCAGCCUUGCCAGCUCAUCCUCCUACGGCGUCUGUAGUUGGUGAAUUAAUGGAUAAAUUUGGGCUCUCGAAUAUUGCUCAGUACAGUGAAGCAUUCAAACAAGCUUUACAAGAAUCUGGGAAAUCGUUAAAUUGGCAGUUAGCCAAGGACCGAGACAAUAACAACGGUCCUCCGAGCGAAAAACCUAAUGGAAUGCCACCGGCAGCUUUACGUUUAAAAGAAGAAUUCGCUAAGAUGCCACCUCAGCCACAUCCACUUUUCAACCCUUUUGAAAACCCAUUUGAAGCAUCUAAACGAAUGAAAUUAGACAUGGAUCGAGGUGAGGGAUGGUGGCUACCUACUCUACACGCACAAAGACCGCCUGAAAAUAUUUUCGACGGCUUGAAGAACAGCAGCAACGGUUUACUCCAAAAUCCGUUAUUGAAAUCAAAGGAAGGGAGACGCAAUGACACUUGUGAAUUCUGCGGCAAAGUAUUCAAGAACUGCUCAAACUUGACUGUACAUAGGCGAUCGCACACAGGGGAAAAGCCAUAUAAAUGUGAACUGUGCUCGUACGCUUGCGCGCAGAGCUCGAAGCUGACGCGGCAUAUGAAAACGCACGGGAGGUUAGGCAAGGACGUGUACCGUUGUCGGUUCUGCGAAAUGCCCUUCUCUGUUCCGUCGACUUUGGAGAAGCACAUGCGUAAGUGUGUUGUGAAUCAAAGUAAUGGUGCUGCCUUAGCAUUAUCCGAUGACUCUAACGCGUGCCGCGACGAGGCCUCGUGACUCUACCCGUGGGGUGGUCUGCGGCUGCCCCCGCCUGCGCCGCCCAGCCAGAUUUUCUAAGGCCUAAUGUAUUAUUUACGAAUUAGUUUCGUCGCGAUCACGACCACCCCGCGCGAAUCGUUUGUGACAGGUCAAACUUUGUUCAACUUCUAGUCUUAAGGUUUAGUUGGUGAUUACUCGACUAUUGCAAUACGAGCCCAAAAUACGUUUGCACCGAAGGGCAUUAUUUUAACAUAUCUCUCGUGUACCGAAAUAGUUACGGUCCCAUUUUAUUGUUAAAGUUAGGUUGAAAGUAUUUUUUUUGUUUUUCGGGGCUGCAUUUGUGAGCUGCUCGACUCAGCUCGACGUUACUAUGACGAUAUUGUUUUGACAUGUUUUAUUUAUAGAAAAAAUGUGGAAACCAAUGCCAAAGUUAGCUAUGUUGAUUUUAACAUAAUUUAGUUCUUAAGCUGUAUAGUGUCAAUUAAUAUAGAUUUUUCCAGUAAUUUUUAGGCUCUUCGUAGUUUGAUGUAGUACGUGUUUUCGAAAAAGUUGUUUCGUAAUUUUAAAAUAUUAUGUAAUAUAUAAUAUGGUAAGCAAAAAAUGUUUCCUAUCCUAGAUAAUGAUCUUGUGUAAAUAGUUAGUUUUAAGUAAGUGUAAUGUGUAAAUCGAGUACCUACCUAUUGAUGUUCAUAUUUAUAAACAAUGUUUCACAAAUAAAUAAAAAAAUAAUAAAACGGAAAAACGGUGAGUUUCCUGUAAACGAUAAUUAAAUAAUAAGCUUUUUAGAAAGCAAAAUUGGAAUCGAUUUAAGGGUGGGUGUUACUGAUAACGAGGUAAUGCUAGUAAUAAAAUUAGUGUUAAAAUUAUUUAAUAAAAAUAUAUAUACAUAUUAUGUUGUGAGAAGUUCGAUCCUCAUUUCUAUGAUUUCGUUUCAUAACAAAGAAGGAAAGAAGCUAGUUAUGUUUUAAGACUGAAAAAGAUAUUCCAGUUUUGUUUUAAAUAUAAUGUUUUCAUGUGAUUCUUGAUUCGUGGAAGAUAAAUUCGCUCGUACCUAAAUUUAGUCCAAACGUGAAAUAUUUCAGUAUACGUACUUAAUGUAAAUUAUGGAUAGAAUUUAUAUUAGAUAAUUAUAAGUAAAUUAUAAUAUCAGCGUUUCUGUCGUCCAUCGGUCCCGUAAUUACUUUUGUUAUGCAUUGCCAAUAUUAGGGCUUCUUUGGGCGAUAUACAUAAAACCCCUUUUGUGGAAAAUUAUCUUGAUGAUAUUGUUGUAUCGCGCAGACGAGACCUAAUAUUGUGAACGGAUUAAGGCGUUUGACCGUUUUUGUCCGUAUCGUCGCCGACAAGUCAAUUUAAUCAAUUCGCCGUUUAAAAUGACUUCUCGGCGCGACUUCUAAGUUAUUCAUUUGAACAUCAAUUUGUAUCUGAACUCAUAUCACUACCGACUUGUACAUUGGCCAUAAUUAAAUGUAAAAAAAAAUACGUUAAAUAGGUAUGGUUGUUAUGAGAUGAAUUUAACUGUCGUGAUUCGUUGUGAUGUUUCUUUCGUUUUGUAUUAUCUUGUUUAGUUAACAAAUGCACAGUUAGUUAAAUUAUUAAUUUAAAAAAAAGAUAAAUAUAUACGUAAGGCGAGAAAGGACGACGGAUGGAAACAAAAUAGCGAAACAAAAUAAAUGAAUAGACAAACUCUAAGACAAAUUUUAUCGUGUAACUACGUGAAAGAUGAACUGUUUUUAUUAUUUUCAUUUUUAAUAUUUUUAUUUCAAUAAAUAUCCACGAUUUGUUAAUCAUGUUGUUGUUUUAAUAAUUCACAACCCUUCUUUUGUUUAUAUUAAGAGACAGCAGUACAUUGAGCGACGGAACCCUGAAAUU